GCCUCCUCCGCCCGGGCCGUUCGCUGCUGCGCGGGGAGAGCGAGGCGGGGCCGCCGGGGCCGCCAUGGAGCCCGACUCGGUGAUUGAAGACAAGACCAUCGAGCUCAUGUUACCGAAGUGCAUGUUUGGGAUUUUGUUGAAGAAAGCUGGAUACAGUAAACGGAAAGAAUCUUGGAAGAUGCUUGACUGCUGUCUUUUCUCAGACUAGUCUGAAAGGGAAUACCCCCAUUCAUUCUGGAUUGGUGGAUCUGAAGUACAAAAAUAUUCUCCAGAACACUUCAGUUAUGGAAGAUCAAAAUGAAGAUGAGUCCCCAAAGAAAAAUACUCUUUGGCAGAUUAGUAAUGGAACAUCAUCUGUGAUCGUCUCCAGAAAGAGGCCAUCGGAAGGAAACUAUCAAAAAGAAAAAGACUUGUGUAUUAAAUAUUUUGACCAGUGGUCUGAAUCAGAUCAAGUGGAAUUUGUGGAACAUCUGAUUUCACGAAUGUGUCAUUACCAGCAUGGACAUAUUAACUCGUACCUGAAGCCCAUGUUGCAGCGGGACUUCAUUACUGCUUUACCAGAGCAAGGCUUAGAUCACAUAGCAGAAAACAUUCUUUCCUACCUGGAUGCCAGGUCUCUGUGUGCAGCAGAGCUGGUAUGCAAAGAAUGGCAGCGAGUGAUCUCAGAAGGAAUGCUUUGGAAGAAGCUGAUUGAGCGAAUGGUACGCACUGAUCCCCUCUGGAAGGGACUCUCAGAAAGAAGAGGGUGGGAUCAGUACCUGUUUAAGAACAGACCCACAGAUGGUCCUCCCAAUUCAUUUUAUAGGUCAUUAUACCCAAAGAUUAUCCAGGAUAUAGAGACUAUAGAAUCUAACUGGCGGUGUGGACGACACAACUUGCAAAGGAUUCAGUGCCGCUCUGAAAAUAGUAAAGGUGUCUACUGUUUACAGUAUGAUGAUGAAAAAAUUAUCAGUGGCCUACGAGAUAAUUCCAUUAAGAUUUGGGAUAAAACCAGCCUGGAAUGUUUGAAAGUGUUAACAGGACACACAGGCUCUGUCCUUUGUCUGCAGUACGAUGAACGUGUUAUUGUAACCGGUUCUUCAGAUUCUACUGUGAGAGUCUGGGAUGUGAACACAGGUGAAGUUCUCAACACAUUGAUCCACCACAAUGAGGCUGUACUGCACUUACGCUUCAGCAAUGGACUCAUGGUGACCUGUUCUAAGGACCGCUCCAUUGCCGUGUGGGACAUGGCUUCUGCCACCGACAUCACUCUACGCCGUGUCCUGGUUGGCCACCGUGCUGCUGUCAACGUAGUAGACUUUGAUGAUAAAUACAUCGUGUCUGCCUCUGGCGACAGGACCAUCAAAGUCUGGAGUACGAGUACCUGUGAAUUUGUUCGUACUCUUAAUGGGCACAAGCGAGGUAUUGCCUGCCUCCAGUACAGGGAUCGACUGGUUGUGAGUGGCUCCUCAGAUAAUACCAUCAGGCUAUGGGAUAUCGAAUGUGGUGCCUGCUUGAGAGUCCUAGAGGGACAUGAAGAACUGGUCCGGUGCAUCCGAUUUGAUAACAAGAGGAUUGUCAGUGGGGCCUAUGACGGGAAAAUUAAAGUUUGGGACUUGCAAGCUGCUCUUGACCCUCGGGCCCCAGCAAGCACCCUGUGUUUGCGCACAUUGGUGGAACAUUCUGGACGUGUGUUUCGGCUACAGUUUGAUGAAUUUCAGAUCAUCAGCAGCUCCCAUGAUGACACUAUUUUGAUUUGGGAUUUCUUAAAUGUGCCUCCCAGUGCCCAGAAUGAGACCCGUUCUCCCUCCAGAACAUACACAUACAUCUCCAGAUAACAGUCUGCACUUUCACCCGCUUCUGGGUUUCCUAGUCUUGAACUACUGGCUACAUGGCUACCAGAUGCCUAAGGGAAUUCGUUCACAGCUGAGUUAUGAAGCUGGAAUUGGUUCUAGACGCUGGGUAGAUGCAAAGCAGCCUAACUCUUCAAGUACCGACAUUUCUCACCUCCGAUCCCGGCUCUACUUUGAGAAGGAUACCUUAGCUUCACCGACUUCGAGUAGAACAGAAGCCCAUUUCCUCCCCCAUCAGUGAAAAAAUCUAAUGCUUCAAAUGUAAAUUGUUCAUAUAAAAGGAACACACAGUCUGGUUUGCAGAAGUAAAGCGACCGUCACGAGAAGACUUGGCCUCUAAUUUAUAUUGCUUUGCACUUUGGUCUGAUAUUAAGAAACAGCGUUCUUCUUCAGUGAAAUUUUGGGUGCCAAACACCUACCCAGAAUGUCCAGGGCUUUCCUUUUCCGAAGUUAGCAUUCUCCUUUUGACCGUUCAAGUCAUUAUGAAUCUUGACUUGUAUUAGGAACAUGUUGGACAACGGGAAAAAUCUCUCCGGAUUGUUUUAGUAACUUUUUUUUUUUUUUGGAUUACACUUCCUUUCUGUACCGGUUUCUUUUAAUUUAAAGAACUUUAAGCCAGUUAUAUUAUCUCCCAACAGGUAAUAUAGCUCUUUUCUUUUAUUAACUGUUCUCUCUCCCGCAGCCAUCUCCUCAUAUUUGGUAGAGUAACACCUUUAUAUGUGUGCUUGCCUCCUAAUUUAAAAUACUGUAUCCGCAUGUAGAUAUAAUGUACAUAACAGUUUAACCUCAAGGUUGCUGGAGUCGGGGCCCCCUGAGCCUGAGACACUAAUACAGAGUGUGUUCGCACUUAGCCAUGGGUUGGGCUCAAGAACCUGAUAGCAGGGUUGAUGUGGAUGACCUAGAACCCUUCCUGCAGUAUUCAUACGGUGGUUUUAUUUUGUCAUUGUGUGUGUGUGUGUGUGCGUGCACGCAUGCGUGCGUGUACACCUGUGUGUGUGGUAUGUGUGUUUUAAUGGGACUCUUGUUUUAAAAUGUAAUUUCUAAAGCUUAACACAAAAAUGUUUUAUUUGUUGUGCAGUAUAUAUAAUAGAGAGGUACCUUAAACAUUUUUGUUGUCGUUGGUCUUUUCCUCGUAAGUACUUUUGAGGACUAGUGGUCAACUUCCCAUAGUAUUCAUUUGGCUUCACUGUCAGAAAUCAUUAUUGUGUGUGGUGUUGAUCCUGAGAGGGGAAAACAAGAAGGCCCUAUUGACUGAAUUUCCUGGCUCCAGAACACCUGGGUUGUGGCCUUGCCGGGGGUGUGGGCAGGGCCUGCUCAGAGAGGGCGGAGUCGACAGCACAGGUGAGGCUGGGCCAGAUGCCUGCCUUGAAGGUGGGGCACUGCUACCUAGUGCAGAGCCUCAAGCCUGUGAAUUCCAGCCCGCUCAUCUCUGGUGUCACCUGCUGCCGUGGCCCCAGCAGGUCCCUUCUUACUGCUCCUGCGUGCUCUGCAGCCCAAAAUGUGUGAAUGGCGCUGUCGCACUGACCGUGCCUGGAAAGGACACUGGCGUCCAGGCGGCACUCCUUUGCUAGGCUUUGACUCGCCCCUGGCCAUUGUUUCCGAAGGUCAAGGGAUGUCCGCAGCGUUUUAAAGGACCAAUCACUAGUCUCCUGUAUGUGAAACCUCUUCCCGUGGAAGCACACUCUAGAACUAAAGGGAAGGCCCCUGGGCUCUGUGUUGUCCUUGGCAUUGAGAAUGGUGUGGGAUCAACGUGUGUGUAUGUGAUUUGUUUACUGAGUUGGCUUUGCUUUUUAGUUUUUCCUUUUAUCUCUCUCUCUCUCUUGAUAUAUAGAUAUAUAACAUCCUUCCCUCCCACAGGUUACUAAAUGUCUAUUUUUGAGAGGUUGAGCCUCAAAGUGUAAAGAUAACUGAAUCAACAAGCCUCCAUCGGGAGGUGGUCGUCGUUUCCCUUUGGCCGCUCUUGAACUUGCAGCUGUAGUCUCUAACUGGUUAGGAAAGCCCAGGGGAGGGGCCAGGAAGGGAGGGGAGGGAGGAGGCAGUUCUUCUGGACGAAUGGAUUUUUGUUGUUUUUGCAUGUUUAAUAUAGAAGUUCCUCUUGUUCCUUGGGAGAUCAUGGCCUUUGAAUAUGCACACAACCUUUGAAUUGUGCCUAUGAAAUUAUAGCAGGGGACUUUGGCACCCAAGGAAUUCUGACUUUCUGGGAUUAUAGUAGUAAUUCCCAGCCAUACUCUGGACUUUAUUUUGCUAACCAUAAUUGAGCAACUGUAAAUUACUGCUAUAUUAAUGUUUUAAAGCACUGGGAUAGUCUAAUUCUAACUUGUAAUUAAUUAUGUUUGCCAAUUAUCUGUUUGAAAUAAAUUUGUGUCUGAACAGCUAUUGAAACUGUUAAAUUGUACAGAUAUUAUUCAUGACAGCUUUGUACUGUGGAAUGUGCUUAAUAAAAAACAAAAAGUUUGACCUUUGUCCAAUAAAUUGCUAAGUAAUGUCAGUAAAUCAAGUAUGAGUAUUAUGCAGUACACCGAAUCUGGCUUCAUGCAAUUGUUACAUCAGCUACUAAUUCAAAGCCAAUACUCUUAAUAAAGUGUUGCAAUACUCUGA